AUUUUUUGUAUUAUUUUUUAUGUUAUUUCCGUGCGCAGUGAACGUCAUCUGGGCUCAGGUGUUGGGACUGGGAUACUCUGGUCAGGGACACACCUGUGGUGGGAUACCCGGGGGACAGGAAGACUGCUACAAAAUUUUGAAUGUAAAGACUUGUGAAAACAACAUAGUAUUGGGAAAAUGAAGUCUUUCUUGAGCCUUGGAAUUGGAAAACCAACAUCUGUCCUCGAAGCUCCUAAACCAGCAAGUGGCAUUCUACCCCAUCAAGAGGAAGAGAGUCUGGCAAACCUCUGGGUUGAAAUAACAAAAUCUGAAGCUGGUUGUUGCAAGAUAUUGAGUGAAGUCCGAAAUUACAGAGAGGCUCUUAAAGACAUUCAAGAAGCAGAAGAAAAACUUUUGAAAGAUUUGGGAUCUUCUGGCCUGACAGCAAUUUCCCCACAGAUGCAGCAGGCGACAGAUGAAUACCUAUCUGUGGUUAUGGAGAUGAAACCCAAAAGUGAUGAGACAAGCUUAGCUGUACAACAAGUUAUGGGUGAGCCAAUAAAGCAGUACCAAGCACUGUAUGAACAUCUAGAUGCAUUACGUAGGCGGCGAGAUGCUCAGCUUGUUGUGGUGCAAAAGUGUCAAGAUAAACUGGAUCGAUUAAAAUUAAAGGGCAAGCGCACAACGGAUGUGAUGGUGGAGCGAGACAGUGCACAGCGUCAGCUGAAGGAAAUCAACGGGCAGCUGCUUACCGAGGCCAAGAAAUUUCAUUCUAUGCGACAGCCUUUGCUGCAACCAUGCAUCCAAGCAUAUGUGCAAACUCUGGUGGAUUACUAUGGAACAGCAAACUCCCACUUUAGUAACUUUAUUCAGACCAGUCGCGGAGCUCACCAGAUCAAAGACACCGAGUAUGAAGCAAUGAUGGGGGAACAUUUAAAGAAUAUUAAGUCUCUAAAAAUUGUAGCCACAUAGUUUUAAGGUAAAAUAAAUAGGAUAUUAUUAAUAAUUAGCUACCCUUGAAGGUGUGCUUCAUGUUUUCAUCAUGUAUAACCCAUUUUUUUUUUUCAUUUCUUUCUGAAUAAUUUUUCUUCCUGUAGGUCUCUCUUCAACAUCUUAAGAAUGCCUUAUUAUAAUGACCUAAAACUAUUAUUGAAUUUAAGGAAUAUAGUCCAAAUGGAACAUUGCUCUUAAUGAGAAAAUCAAUAGGAGCCAUGAGAAGGAUUCAAAACUGCGUACUGCAUCCCAAACAUACUGAAUAUCUCUUUGAUACAUCACGUUAAUGGAAUUUCUUUGUGCAUUGUUUUUAAUCUUCAUUCUGCGAUAUAUUUUUAUUUCUCAUGACAUUGAUUUACUUUUAAAUCUUGAACACUUGUGUAGGAUCAUAUAAUUGAGAUGCAUAUUGAUUUUGGUCAGUGGAGCCUUUUCUAGGUAACCAUUUUUAUAUAAAACAAUAUACCAAACUUUACCCUUUGGUUUCACUUGGAGCCAAAGGGAAAAUUAUUUUGCUAAGCUGAAAGAGGUGUUUAUCCACUAUCAUGGAAUUGCCUUCCUGUAUACGGGAAAGGUAGAUAACCCAAAACAGUGUUCCUCUCUUGCCACUGCUUCUUGGCAGCAUAUUUUACUAGAAUUAUUGUAUAAUAUUUUGUCUACACAAGUUCAUAUGGUGUCCUAAAAGCAUCAUAACAUGCUAUUUAAAUCUGAUAUAAACAAAAUUAUGCAUAUUUUUGUCAGGCUUUUGGAGACAGUGUAGUGAACAUACUUAUUUUUUUAAACUGUAAUAAUACAUAUUGUUAUAUAAAUAUAAAGUGAAUAACUGA